UUUGCUAGAAAAAAAAAACGGAUCUGAGCCCAAUCCUUCUUUCUCUCUCAACUCUCUUACCCUUGUUCUUUCUAUGAUCGUGAGUUUUUAGAUUAACGUAGGUGAUUCGAUAUCUAGAUGCAGAAUUGGAUAGAGGGCAAUCUCUUGAUUCACUAAUUUAGGGUUCAUAGCUAGCCUAGGUUACUCUGUUUCUCUUCUCUGUUGUGGGUUUCUGAGAUCAGAAUUUAGGGUUUUUAGUUUAGUCUUUGUGCGUAAGAUGGAUAAGCCUCGGCAUAAUGAUCAGUUAGCUGUGAAAAAGAAGAUAAAGAAGACUCCUUUACACCUGCCCACUCUCGCAAAUAAUGGUUGCACAAGCAAGAACCGCUUAAGAAGAAGCAUUGUUCCACUGCUAACAUCUUCUCCUAUGCCCCUUGAUGUUCCUCCUCCUCCUCCUCCUCCUGCCAUGGCUCAACCAACUCUUAACACAGCUGAGUCUCCUGUCUCGGUUUCUCUUCAAAGCUCAUCAGGAGAUUCAGGUCCUUCAGCUAGGUUCAGUGGUGGUGGUGGCGGGAUAUUGCCUACUCCUGUCUCUCUGUGUAAUCACUAUCCUCAAGGCUCGUCUGGAGAUUCAGUAGGACCCAAUAGAAACCAAAUGAAACCAUCUCAUGACUAUCAACAACAACAACCACCACGGUUCUAUGGUUCUUCUGCAUCAACUGUACCCAUUUUGCCCUCUCCUAGGUUUGACGGUCCCGGGAUAUUACCCACUCCCCCACCACUUCAAUAUCCUUCACCACUUCAACCAAGAAGUUUCACAUCCUCGUCAAUGGCUCAAGGUGGAAUUCUUGGUCCCGGCAAGUUUCCUCCUCGGCCUUAAUUAAGAUGUUCUGUCUUCUUUCACUCUACUCUUUAGGUUAAAUCUCUGUGUACUAUGCACCGGUGCCAUCUUUUGUAUUAGAAAGUUGUCAAUUUGCUAAAGAGAGAGAUGAAGGAAAUAUUUUUUUUUUUUUUGUCAAAAUGUUUCCUUUUAUUAUUAUUAUAAGAGAACCAAGAUAUUACAUAACUUUGAUUUUUAGUU